UGCGGAUGAUCAAAUGGCAUUCAUAGAUAAGUGGAUGAGCAGCCAUUCCCAAGACGCGAAGAACAUUCUCAAUAAACCCUUGGUCAUGGCUGAGUUCGGCAAGUCCAGCCGGAACGGAGGAUUCAACAUCGCCGUCCGGGAUUCCUUCUUGACAAAAGUUUACGGAGAAACUUACAGCCUCGCCAGAGACGGUGGCGCAAUGGCCGGCUGCAUGGUGUGGCAGCUCAUGGCCCAAGGAAUGGGCGGAUGGGAUGACGGCUACUCCAUCGUCCUGCCGGAAAACCCUUCCACCGCCGCCGUCAUUUCCGGCCAGUCACAUGCCAUGGCGGAGCUAGCCCAUUCCAUAGCCUACCCAGAGUCGCCGGAAAAAGCCGAUAGCUGGAUUACGAGAAACAAGGACCGUUUCGAGCUUGACGGGUCGCCGUUCUUAUUUAACGGCUUCAAUUCCUAUUGGUUGAUGCAUGUGGCAAGUGACAUUGACCAACGGUCAAAAGUGACGGAAGUUCUUGAGGCCGCUUCGGCUGUUGGGCUUACCGUUUGCCGAAGUUGGGCUUUUAGUGACGGAAGCCAAUACAACGCCUUGCAAACUUCUCCGGGCGUUUAUGACGAGCAUGUCUUCCGAGGACUUGAUUUUGCGAUUUCGGAAGCAAGGAAAUAUGGGGUCCGUUUGAUUUUGAGCUUUGUGAAUAAUUGGUACGACUUUGGAGGGAAAGCACAAUAUGCAAACUGGGCAAGAGAUUCAGGUGUACAAGUUGAUAGUGAAGACUCCUUUUACACACAUCCAGUUCUUAUCGGCUACUUCAAGAACCAUAUCAAGAAAAUUGUAACAAGAAUCAAUACGAUCACUGGAGUAGCUUAUAAGGAUGAUCCAACCAUCAUGGCAUGGGAACUCAUGAACGAACCUCGUUGCCAAGAAGAUUACUCUGGGAAAACCGUAAAUGGUUGGGUUCAAGAGGUAGCAAGUUAUGUGAAAUCACUGGACAAGAAUCAUUUGUUGGAGAUAGGAAUGGAGGGCUUUUAUGGAGACUCAGUGCCUGAAAGAGAGAAGUUUAACCCUGGUUAUCAAGUUGGGACUGAUUUUAUAAGCAACCAUCUUGUUGAUGAAAUUGACUUCGCCACCAUCCAUGCAUACACAGAUCAAUGGGAGUCUGGAGAAACUGAUGACGAGCAAAUGGAGUUCUUGGAUAAGUGGAUGAAGAGCCACUGGGAAGAUGCGAAGACGGUACUGAAGAAGCCGUUGGUGUUCGCUGAAUUCGGCAAGUCAAGCCGAGAUGGAGGGUUCAGCAUCGAGGGGCGCAACUCUUUCCUCAGCAAGGUUUACGAAAACACGUGUGAGCUCGCCAAGGACGGAGGGACCAUGGCGGGGAGCAUGGUGUGGCAGCUUAUGGCACAUGACAUGGAUGCAUGGGAUGAUGGGUAUUCCAUUGUCUUACCCCAAAACCCAUCCACUGCCAGUGUCAUUUCCAAGCAGUCGAAGGCUAUGAAGGAUUUAGCUGGUGAAGUGGGUGACUGCCAAUAUGAUUCAAUCUAGCAGUCUCAUAGAAAAAUUUGGCUGGGUUUAAUUCUUUGAGGACAUUAGUCCAAUAUUCCAAUUGUAUUGCCUAUAAUAACUCUAUACUCAAACUUAAAUAAGCAAUAAAACAAUGUAUCAUCAAUAUAUGCACUUUGGUUCUUUUCUAU